AUGGCUGAUAGUGGUCGGGAAGAAAAGCUGGCCGCGGCCAGGAAAAAGCUCAAGAAAUUUCAACAAAAACGGACUCCUUCCUCGAGUCCGCUGGUAAAGGAUGUGAAACAUAGUGUAGAUUGCUCGUCGAAUUAUUCACCGAGUUCAUCAGAAUCCGGAGGGAACUUGUCAACAGCAAACGAAAAUGUAAAUCAUCUCAACCCACCAUUAUUACCUGUAAAUGGUACAGAAGUAAGGAGAAAAGACAUUAUUACUGAUCAGGAUUUGCCUGCUCUCUUUAAGGAAUUGGUUGGUGGAGCUGUUGAUCAUCCUCUUCCAUCUGGUUCAAAUGACAGAGAAUAUUCAACCACUGAAAAAAUAAAACAACUCUGUUCACAAAUAAAUGGGCUUACAGUCAGCCAGGAUCACUAUAUCAAUGGUGAAGAUCCACUUUUUCAUGAAAUCAAGUCUCUUGAGAGUAGAAACCAUGAGCUUGAAGAUAGAGUACAGUCUUAUAAGAGAUCCAAUGAACAACUAAACAGUCAAGUUAACGAACAGAGAAGACAAAUAAUACAGUUUCAGGAACAGAUAAAACGAGAAAGAACAGAGUUGGCAAACAAACAGCUUUUGGAACAGAGGUCACUGAAAGAACAGCUUGAGGUUCAUAUUCAGACGAUAGGUAUUCUAGUGGGAGAGAAACAAGAGCUUCAGAGCUCUGUGUCACAACUGCAGAGGAAAUAUGAAAUCAAACAAAGUGAAAACACAGAACUAACAAGCAGGUUACAAACUGUUCGACAAAAAGCAGCUGAGCUUGAGAAAAAUCUAGCAAAUAUCACUGCAACCUGUGAAAAGUAUGAAGAUGAUGUGAAGCAACUUCGGCAAGAAAGAGAUAAAUAUCAGACAGCUAAUUACACGCAAAAUCAAGAAAAGGAAGAACUUUUACAACAAAAUGCUGAGCUUAGAGUGAAGUUAGAAUCCAAGGUUUCUGAGUGUGAAGAUUUGAGCAAGACUGAAUCAGAAUUAUCAUUUAAGUUGAAACAGGCUCAACUUGUGGUUCAGCAGCUUUCAGGAGAGCCAAACUCUUCAGCAAGCCACCAGUUAAUUGAGCAAUUACAAAGCGAGAAAACCGAACUUGUGAGUAGAUUAGAACAGGUUAAUAGUACUGUACAAAGAAUUGCAACAGAUAAAGGAGAACUCCUACAACAGCACGCAGAAGAAGUAGACCAGUAUGAGAGAAAGUUAAGAGCCUUGACAGAUGAGGUGGAGUCACAUGACAGGGAAAAGAGGUUUUUGAUUGCGAAGGAGAGUGAACUUCAAGAUGCAGUGCAGAGUUUACAGAAGGAAUUGGCUGAUCUGCGAGACAAGGAAGCAAGUCAGCAAGUAGAAUCAACACAGCUUGCUGCAGCAGAGAUUGAGAGAUUAGCGGAGGAUAAACAGAGGCUGGCUGAACACUUACAGCAAGAGGGUAAAGAAAAUUUAAGACUCGUAAGGGAGCAGGAGAAAUAUCUACUGAGAAUACAGGAGCUAGAGACAGCCGUAGCCCGCCUGGGUGAGGAGUCUAUUGAUAAAGCUACUCUCCUGGACAGUGUUCAGAGUGACAAGGAGACUAUCAGCAGGGCUUUGAAACAGAAUAAAGAUUUAAAGACCAAGACGGAAGAAUUGGAAGAGAGAUUUAUAAAAAUGAGUCAAGAAAACAUGGAGCUCACAACACGUUUGGAAACUGAGCAACAUAUGGCUAAGGAACUCGCAACAAAACUGAGCGAUAUGGGAGUUGAACUGGAAGAGUCCAAACAAAUGCUCCUUGUGAGGAAUUCUGAGGUUCAAUCACUUACAGAAGAACUGCAAACUGCUAACAACAACCUUAGAGAAGAGGUAAUCAAAGGAGAGAGUGUGAUAUCUUCACUCCGAGAUGAACUUGAUGUAUCGUCACAAACGUUCCUUGAUCAGAUCAAGCAGAAGGACUUUGAAAUUUCCGCUAUUCGUGGAGAAAUCGAUAGAUCAUCAGAGCCACUCAGAGAACAGCUGGCCAAGAAAGAGUUUGAAUUGGCCACUCUUAAGGAGGAGCUAAGCCAAUCAGAGGCGAGGCUGACUGAACAGUUCGUCUUGAAUGAGGACAGUCAGACGUUCAGGAAUGAGGCUGAACUUACUAACAGUUUACGACAAGAACUGCAGUUAGCCCAGGAAUCGAUCAGGAUAUUAGCAACCGAAAAUUCUCAGCUGAAAGCAAUGUUAUCCAGUAUAGAGAACCACAGUAGCAUGGAACCGUCACCAGGCGAGAGUUCAGAUGACUCAGAUGACCCAGCUGUGACUCACGCAGGUCACGUGUACAACGGAGAUGCCGCCUUUAACAUCAAGAAGCUUCCCCCUGAGGAGACCUCGAUACAAGCCACGAAGAAUACUUUGGAGGAGUCAUCUCCAUACAUGAACGGAGACGUGAGCGAAGGAGAGAGCCCUCUGGACACGGACUCCAGUGAGGAUAUGAAUAUGGCACCUCACAACAGCUCCCCGCCCCCUCCCCCACCAUCCAAAUACACCAGCAGAGAAGACAUGGUUGAUUCAUUGUCUGCGUCCAUCCGACAACUUGAGAUGGAGCGAGACCAGCUGGCUGAUAUUUUACAUCGAACGCAAGAUCAGCAGGAAGACGACAUCAUGAGAUUACAAAAACACUUGGAACUACAGCUCAAACAGCAGCUCCAACAACAAUAUAGACAGGUGCAAGAGCAGUUUCAGCAACAACUUCAUGAGCAGCAGCAGAAGAUUCAACUGCUGCAGGCUGUAGUUGAAAAACAGAAGGAUCAGAUCGAGAGGAAGGAAGAGCCAGAGCUACCCAACGUUCCACUCGAUCAGCUCAGUGAUAAAGAUAUGUCACACGAAGCAAUUAAGAUGGCUUUCAGCAAAUUGCAGGCGCGGUUCAUGAAAUUAAUGAAUGAAAAAGCGUCCCUCAUAGAGAGAAUUCAGGAACUUGAACAUGUCACCAUACAACUGUCCCACGAAACAGAGACUAUCGGGGAGUACAUCACUCUUUAUCAAACCCAGAGGAAUGCUCUGAAGUCUUACUACAAAGAUCGAGAGAAAAUCAUUGCUCAGUUGUCAAGCGAAAAGGCCAACAUGCAGGAUAAGAUGAACCAACUGCAAGAAUUGGUCAAACGUAUGCUGGAGGAAAGAAAAGAACUCAGAAUUCAGCAACAUCAGUUACAAAACGUUAUAAACAGUCGGAUGGUGGCGCACGAACAUGAAGCUGUCAUUUCUGGUACUCAACAUGACGACGACGUUGUAGUACCGCGAGCGGAAUUAAGCUUAGAAAGCGAAACGAACAGUCAAAGCUGGGACGACACUGAUGUGUCGAAAAGUUCAAGCGUGGAUGAGACAGAAAACGAACUUAAUCUACUUCAAAAUGAGGUGGAGUUAGAUCAAAAUGAUGGAACUGCUCGUCAAAUUCUACAGAUUUUAGAACAGUUAGGACCUACAGAAGACGGUGCUCAUAAAGGCGGGAUGUCUCCUGACCUACAGAGUAGAGAAUUCUUACCGUGUCGAUCUUGCGGAGGACGCGUCCUUAGAUUAUACCGCAAGUUCUUUCACCUAAUUUUGACUUUUCGAGAGCUGCAACAGGGUAUUGUCAGGCUAUCGCGCUUCCGUUUUGCUAUGAAUUGUUUUCCAGAUUUAUUUAUUUCGCUUUUAUUCCUCAGUCUUAUCAGGCGACUUCAAGCCCCGAGUGGGAGCGAGAGAGCGUCAAGUAUUCCUGUACAACUAAAACUGGAAUUAUCACUUUCAUCCAAAUUGGAACUUUCCAAAAUAGAUGAUGUUAAACAGUCUGAAUCAUCCAAGGAUACACCAGUUCUACUGCAACAAUCAUCAUCAGCUUUGCCUUCUUCCUCGUUACACCUCGAAGAGCUUCUUACUCCAAAGGUGGCUCCUGCCACUCCAAGCUAUGAUACAGAGUCUACUGCAACCACAAUCAUUGGUAGUACCAUUGCAUUUAAUCCACAGGCAAAUGGUCAUGUGUCAUCAUCUGUGAUCCUUAUUCCUCCCAGUAAUUCUGGUCAGGUUCAGGCAUCAGACUCCAUGGUUGGUGUUAAGGAAAGAAGUCAGUUUGAGCCUUUCCCUACAAAAGAACCAGAAGUUUUGAUAUCAGUUCUGGACACUGCCCCUCCAACUCCAAUCAGUAACACGCCAGUUCCCACUCCACCUACUCCAGCUGCAGUUGCAAAGGAAGAUGAGGACAGCAUUACAGCUGAUUUAAACCAGGCAGAGGAAGAAAAUAAACCAAAGGAAGAUGAGAUGCCAUCAUUUGAUGAAUUCAAAAGGAGAGUUUUGCAAGAAGAAGAAGAAAAGAGCAAACAACAGACUGCCCAGAAUGCUAGUGGAACUGCACACAAACCCAAACCCAAAAAGGUAAAGGAGAGAAAACAGAGCAACUAUGCAUCUGUGGAUUGUGGUGCCAAGAUUCUGGAUCACAAUAAGGAGGCUUCUAAUGCUGACAGUGUUUUAGUGGAGAACAAAGACUUGUAUAUGUUAAAUCCAUGCAGUGCUAAAGUGUGGUUUGUUGUUGAGCUUUGCGAUGUAGCUCAUGUUAAGAGCAUUCAGAUUGCAAACUUUGAACUGUUCUCUUCAACGCCAGAAAGCUUUCGGGUUUACGUCAGCACAAGGUAUCCAACAAGAGAAUGGACAAUGCUUGGAACCUUUGAGGCUCGCGAAGAACGAUCAAUACAAACAUUUCCUUUAGAUGAACCAAUUUAUGCCAAGUACCUUAAGGUUGAGAUGUUGAGUCACUUUGGUUCAGAACACUAUUGUCCACUUAGUCUUCUGCGUGUUCAUGGCAGUAGCAUGAUGGAAGAGCUUGAAGAUCAUGAGAUUGGGGGACAAGAUGACACUGAGAACUCAGAGAGUGAACAAGAUAUUCCAGUCUUGCCUCCUGAACCCGGGUCAAAGGCUCAAGAUGAACCCAAAGAGCCAAACUUCCUUGAGCGCGCUGCUGAUACUGUUAUGAAUAUUGUCAAGAAAAUUGCUGGAAAGGAGGAUGAAAAUAGAAAUGGUAGUGAAAAAGGAGAGCAGUAUGAUCAUCCCUUAGAAUCUGUUACCAGUGGUGGGACAGCUUCCAGUGAGAUUGAAUCCAAAUAUAAACAUAAAAUUGUUACUCUUGUUGGUCAUGAAGAACUUGAAGAAAACCAAGUGGAAAACAAGACUAAUAAUGGCAGCAAUACUCUGGUAAAAGAACAUCAUGAAGACAAGAGGACUUCUCAUACACAAGAACAAAAACCCAUAUCUCUUAACAGUAGCAGUCAAAAGACCUCACUGUGCGAGGAUACGGAAAGUGAUUCUAAAUCAAAAACAACGUGUCCAGCUUUGACUCCUUGUCAGUCGUUUGCCCAAGUGAUUGGCCAAUAUUGUUUAGGAUGUUUCAUGGGACAGUUGUUGUUCUCCAAGAGUGGAUAUCAGAAGUCUACAUUCCUAGUGAAUGCUGUAAAGGAUAAAAGAACUAAUCUAAGUCCCAUUCAGAAAUCAAAAUCUGGUGAGAAAGAUGAUGAUUCCUCUGAAAGUCAACAAGAAGGAGAACAAGGAGAAUGGGACAAACUGGUGAUACAGGACAACAGCAAAGAAAAGAAAUCUGUGAGUGAAAGUAUCAUGCAGCAGAAUGCCCCAUCUGAAGAAAAAAGUCCACAAUUAUCUGUCAACAUUCCCAGCUCAUCCCCCGGCAAUUUGGAUGGAAAAAGUGGAGUUACUGUUUCUAGUCUGUUAAAUGUUGAAGAUACUGUCUCUGUCUCCUCCAAAAUUGUAAAACCUAGUUACUCAGGGAGCCCUUUGGAUGUGAAAGGUGAAAUAUCCGACAUCAAAACACCUUCAUUGGGGAAAAUUUCAGUUGUUUCCGAAGCACCUUUGAAUUCUGUGCAGUCAUCAUCUUCUUCCUCUGUGACACUUCAAAGUUUAGAGUUACCUGUCAUUAAAGAACCCAAAGGCAGUAACAGUCUAGAACCAGUAGAUGGUAAUAAUGUACAGGAACCAACCACUCAUGGAAGUUUGUCAUCAGUUAGUCUGUCAUCUACCCAUGACAGGGAGCCUACCUUGUUAGUACAGAAGAAUAGGUUUAAAGAAGUCCCAGAAUCUUCUCAGUCAGAUGUGAACCCUUUUCUUAAAGCUAAAGAGAAGAAGGAGCCUGAUACACCAGAUGAAUUAAGGGGAAAUAAAGACAAUGAAGUCAGUGCAACACCAACAGAAUGUAAAUCUCUAAAUUCUCUACACACUGUGCCAUUUUCAUCUCCAGAUAUUGAUGUCUUGGAGACAAAACUCACUGAUAAAGAAGGGCGAGAAGGAACUGCUCAGCUGCCUGAAGAAACUCAGGCUGAGAAAGACAACCUUUUACCAAAUGAGAAAGGUGAAUCAAAAGAUAAAGAAGGGCAGGUGACUGAUUUUUCAAACAAGAUUGUAGAACCUGAAGAGUCAGGAGAGAAAGGGAUUCUUCCUAACAUGGAAAGCCAGGAUAGAGUUGGUAUUGGUGAAAGCACAUUAUCAAUUACAGUGGGGGAGUCCCAAAGUGUCAGUCCAACAGCUCAGCCUGGUGCUGGGUCUAUAACUGACCCUGGUGACCAGUCUGAGUCUGUUCUUCCAUUGCCAGCUCCCCCCGUAGCUAGUGCAAGUAGCCAUGAAUUUAUUGCUGCAGCUUCAUCAGACACCAAUCUGGAUGCCACCAUGCUUAGUAAAACACAACACCAAGCAUUAGGCUCAUCAGCUGGUGUGGCAUCAGCAGUUGGUUCUGGAGUACAUAAGGAGUCGAUUUUUGUGCGACUUAGCAACAAGAUCAAGGCCUUAGAGCAGAACCUCAACAUGAGCACUCUUUACAUGGAACAGCUAAAUCAGAGGUACCGGAAAUCACUGGAUGAUCUUCAAAAAAGCUCGGACAAAAAAGUUGCCUUGUUGACAAAUGCCACAAAGAAAGCAGAAACUGUGAUUAACAACCAAAAGGAACAAAUUGCCAAACUGCAGUCUGAGCUUGGAAAUCUUACCAGUAUGAUGGUGGAAAUGAAGGCUCGCAUGGAUCCUCUAAACAAGGAAGUUAUGGAGAGGCAUGUGAUUGGUCUGUGUAUAGAGAUUGCUUUGAUCUUGUUCUUGUUUUUGGUGUUUACUAAGAGGAACAACAAUAAUAACAACAACAACAUUCCUGAGGCCCGAGGGGAGUCUGGCCACUUCGUGAAUGGCAAGGGCCCCCCUAGGUUUGCAAUCGAAGAGGAUCAUAACAAGACCAGUACAAUCCACACAACAGCCUGUCUCAGUGGAAGAGAGCAGCUCCUUCGUAGUUUUGGAAAGCCCUCAGAACCGGAGUCUGUCGGUUCUAGUAACAUUGCAGAUAGUCAUGAGAACAAACUAAACAAGGCAGAACCGUUCAAUUCUAAUGACAGUAAGAAGAGACGUAACCGCAAACGCAAAGUAUCCAGUCUCGAGCCUCCCUCAGACAGUACUUCUUGUGCUGACACGCCUAGUCCUGGUAGUUUUCUCAGUCGAACCGCUGGCUUACUCUUCUCGAGUGCUCGUGGACUCUUUGGUAGUUUUCACAAUCCAUGGAAAUUGAAGAAACCAUCGACUGUGCAUAGCGAUCCUAUCCUCUCUACAAGAUCGGGAGACAGCCUGGUUCGUGAAACGGAAAGACUGAGGCAUCCUGUGCUAUUAAGAGCUAGGAGUUUAGACUCAGUUCCAGAGGAGACACCUUCACAAAGACUUGCACCUCCGCCCACACCACCCCCUCUCUCACCAGAGUUUGGGGUCGUGUUUAAGCGCCCCCCUGAUUGUUACUACUCCAAGAAGACCGGUGUUAGGAACAUAACCCCUGGCCCGAUAAAAUGUGGAAAAUAUGGCGUCUUAGAUUCCCAGAUGGCGUAACUUGGGCCCCUCGAAGACCACACCCAUUCUUCAAUUUAUUUCGGCAGCACGUUUCACUGGCGAAGUUGAGGAAUGUGAUUGGUUUUCGAGGGAUUUCCGACAGAGAGAAAUGAAGAAAAGGAGGAAAAUGUCAUGGGGUGACCCUUCUUGAGCAGCCUUAGAAAUUUUACUCAACUUGGAAUGAAGGAAUCGAUUAUCGGGAGCUGAAGCUUAAAAGAACUUUCUCUUAUCAGCCUUAAAAGGUGGAUAGAAAUCUUAAAUUUUUGCUGAAAUGCGUAUAAGGCUUGGUAGACUAGCUACCAAUUGAGUAAAAUUGUAUUCAGUGGGCCAUUUUCAUAGACCAAAGAACUCAGUAAUAUUGAGGAGUUCGUUUAGACCAAAUAUAUCUCUAAAAUGCUGCGUGUAAAUGUUCUUUCUAGGAAAGCAGUAUUCAAAUGGUAAAGUCUUUUUUUGCAGCAAAAUGAAUUUGUAUAGGUAAACCAAAAUGUGUCAUAGGUAAUACAAAAAGGAAAUUUCGCAAUUGGUAUCAAGAAGUAAUAUAUAUUUUCAUAUUUAAGACAGAAUUGGUACAAGUUAAGAUAAUAUUAAAUUAGUAGGAAAAAUAAAAGAGGCUCAUGGUUUCAUUUGGA